UUAGCGGGUCCAGCCUGGCGGGAGCCUCUGCCCUGAACAAAAAUGGCGGCAGCGGCUUCACACGCAGCCCCUCCCGCAGAAAGGCCCGAAGGCCGCCGCCACUUUCACCCCAUCUUCCCCGUGACCCCGGAAGGACUCCGCCCCCGCGGCCAGGCAGCGGCUCGGCGCCGGGCUGCGGUGGGGAAGCGGCAGGGAGCUGCCAGCUGCUGGCCUGGGGCGCCAGAAGAGGAGUCAUGUCAGAAGAAACAGUAAACAAAUCACAGUUUUCCUUGAAGACAGCAGCACUAAGAGUGUUUGAUCUUCCUCUGUCUUGGUAUUAUUCUCUCUCCCAGAUCAAAUUUUCGCCGGUAGUUAAAAAGUUGUUUGUGGUAACUGCGGUGAGUGCUGUAUCUGUAAUUUUUCUGGCCCAUCACUUUAAAAGAAGACGUGGAAAGAAGAAAGGAAAAACAUUACCAUGGGAACCAGAGCACCUCAUACUUGAAUACACUAAAAGAGCAGCAUCAGACAAAGGUUCAAGUUGUUCCAGUAGUAGACAGAAUUUGACAUUAUCUUUAAGUUCUGCCAAAGACAAAGGCCCUCAGUCUUGUAACUAUGCUAAUGGAGGACUUUUCAGUAAACACUCAGGUUCUGCACAGAGUUUGGCCUCUGUCCAGAGUGUCAAUUCUUGUCAUAGCUGUGCUUGUGGCAAUUCUAAUUCCUGGGACAAAGCAGAUGAAGAUGAUAUUAAACUUGUUAAUAUUCCUGUGACCACUCCUGAGAAUUUAUACUUGAUGGGUAUGGAGUUGUUUGAAGAGGCCUUGCGUCGAUGGGAACAAGCUCUCACCUUUCGAAAUAGACAGGCUGAAGAUGAAGCCUGUGGUUCCAUUAAAUUGGGUGCAGGAGAUGCUAUUGCUGAAGAAAGUGUAGAUGAUAUUAUUAGUACUGAAUUUAUCCAUAAGCUUGAAGCUCUGCUGCAAAGAGCAUAUCGUCUGCAAGAGGAGUUUGAAGCUACCCUUGGGGCAUCUGAUCCUAAUUCUCUUGGUAAUGAUAUUGAUAAGGAUACAGAUAUCACCAUGAAGGGGAAUGUAGAUGACUUUGGCCUGCGAGACACUUUGAGCAUCGCAUCAACCGACUCCUUUGCUUCAGCAGCAGAGCCCUCGGCAACUGCUCGUCUGCCUUCUGUCUCCAUGGACGUGCCUAUUCGGGACAUUUCCUACAAGUGGAGUCAUACACUUGCAGAACACAGAGAAGUGCGGCAUACCUACAGUCUGGAGUCUCUCUGCCACUGCCCUUUUUAUGAAGAAGCCAUGCAUUUAGUCGAAGAAGGAAAAAUUUACUCAAGAGUGCUUAGAACUGAAAUGUUGGAGUGCCUAGGAGACAGUGAUUUUCUUGCCAAACUUCACUGUAUUCGACAGGCUUUUCAGGUAAUUCUUUCAGUAACAGCCAACAGGAUAUUUCUUGCUGAGAGUGGAAGGAAAAUUUUAUCAGCGUUAAUUGUGAAAGCUCGAAAGAAUCCAAAGAAGUUUGAAGAUGUUUUUGAUGAAAUGAUCUAUUUUUUAGAGCAGACUGAUCACUGGGAUAGUACUGAAAUGGAACUUGCUGCUAGAGGAGUGAAAAAUCUCAAUUUUUAUGAUGUUGUUCUGGAUUUUAUAUUAAUGGAUUCCUUUGAAGAUUUGGAAAACCCACCCACAUCCAUACAGAAUGUAGUGAAUAAUCGCUGGCUAAACUCCUCCUUCAAAGAAACUGCUGUGGCUUCAAGUUGUUGGUCGGUGCUGAAACAGAAAAGGCAGCAGAUGAAGAUCCCAGAUGGAUUUUUUGCCCAUUUUUAUGCCAUUUGUGAGCAUAUCAGCCCUGUCCUAGCCUGGGGCUUUUUGGGUCCUAGAAAUUCUCUCUAUGAUUUAUGUUGCUUCUUUAAGAAUCAAGUUCUUUUCUUUCUCAAAGAUAUUUUUGACUUCGAGAAGGUGCGCUAUUCCAGUAUAGAGACUCUGACCGAGGACCUCAUGCAGUUGCUCAUUCGCCGCACUGAACUCCUGCUGGCCUAUCUUGGCGCGGAUGCCCUGAGGCACACGAGUGGCUGUAUAAGUAGUCAUGGCCAUGUUGUGUCCAGUAGCCUGUUGGAAGCCAAAGUACAAUAAGUACCAUGAGAAUCAUACACUUUGAGUGUGCUAUGAAAUAUUUUAAGGUAACUAUUGAUUUUGUAACAUAGAUUACACAGAAUUGGUGGAUAUGGACUCAGGGAGGAAGCAAAUCUAGUAAAGAGUGAGUACUUUACUUACAUGGGCCGUGCUGUACUUACACAGAAGUUCUGUCAUUGACUCCCUGUGUAGCGUAUCCAAAGCGGCUAUUUAGAAUCUUUAGGUAAUAAUUUAAGUCGUGAAAUGUAUAUUUUACAGAAAUAUUGCUUGAAUUGAAGCCAGUGCUUGGGAGUUCGUCUUGAAGCUGUCUGAAAUGUCCAGUAUCAUUCUCAAAAAGCUCUGUUUUAAUGCUUUGCACCUUGAAAAUGUCCACUUUAGCCAAGACCUUUGUGGCCACACGUGCAAGAGUGUAUUACUCCUAGUGUCAACGAACUUAGCUGUGCUUGAAAUUGUAUUUUUGACUGUAAAGUCAUUCAUUUGUUUAGUCAAGUUUAGGCAGUAGUGAUGUUUACUACGUACUGCUUACAUUAUGGCUUGUGCAUCUGCUUAUGUAAUUAAAUCAAAUUGUAAUGGCUAGGUAUCGUCAUAAAACAUUUAAAUGAAUUGACACUGAGAAGAUUACAAGCUACAAAUUCAUAUUAGAUUCACUGCAGUUUCCAAAUAUAUUACAGUUGGUCCUGUAAGUUACAAUAGAGAGACUGAAGAAAUUUCUUGUAUCUUUUUAUGGAUUAGAGCAUUUUUCCUUUGAAUGAAUAUUGAUUUAAAAGAUAAUGUUUUUAACUGUGACAGCCAAUUAAAAUUUUUCCUAUGUAGUUUUGAGUCUGUCUCCCAUCAUGCGAAGAUAUUAAUCUUGGUACCGUAAAAUAAUUUCUUCUUUCUCCUACAAAAAUGGCUUCUAGUUAUUCCCACAGAGAACUUAGCAUAUUGGCAAUUUGUCAUAUUAUCCCCGUAGCUUUAAAAUAUUCAUACUUUAACUGUUAGUGAGGUUUUAAAGAAGGUUUUUUUCCCCUCUGAAUAUAGAAAAAAAUAUUUUUUAAUAGUAUGGAAGUAUAUUUCAUGUCCUUUAUGAUAAAUGUAUGAACAAAUGGGUUGUUCAUAUGAGUAAGGUUCUUCAGAGGAUAUUAGCUAUUUUCAGAGUUGUAUUAGUUUUGUGUCUAAAUUAUACACCACUUAUUUGGAGUGGCUGACUCACUGUAUCAAUGGAUUAGAUUUGUUGAUUUUGCUCCUAAAAUGGGCUUUAUUCAUUUUAGGAAUGAGUUACCCAGAAGGAUCUAAAAUAUAUUUUUUAAAAAUGCAUUUUUAAAGUGCCUAGUUUCUGAUUAAUGAAUAGAAAAUGAAAAGUGGGAAAAAAUCAUAAUCUUUUAAGGUUUUAAAUUUAUGUAUAUGCCACAUUUAUGUACUGUUGGCUAUAAAAUAUGAGAUUCAGAAUCUUUAUGCUGUUUGUGCAUGUACUGUGUUCCAUAAUGUGUUUAUUACAGCAUUAAACAAUAUGAAAUAUGCUCUAAUAUUUUUUGAGUAUAUAGCUCCUUGACUUUUCUUACAUAUAUUCUUAACUUAGGAAUUGGCUAUUCAUAAUUCUUAUUAUUGAUGGAAGGGUAUCAUUGGAUAUCACAGCUAAAAAUUCCAUUAUGCAAUGUUUCACUUUUUAUCUUGUAUUUUUAGCUUCUUUUUGAGGCACCACUGGCCUUGAAUGAUUCACACACAUACACACAUAUACAUUCCCAUUAUCUCAUAGGCAAGACAGUUAGUGCCUAUAUUAAUUUUUCCCUUGGGGGUCUAAAUGUUAUAAGCUAUGGUUUUAUAAACUAAGCUGUAAGUAAACUUAAUUUUUUAUUUGAGGAAGAUGUUGUUGGAAAUCUAUUUUGAAGAAUUGCACUAUUUAAUAAUGCUGCUACUACGCUGGAUAACUCUGGGGAAUUUAUUUUAUCAGAUCAGAUGAAUGGCUUCCCAGAAGGUGUUUUUUUUCUCUUUUACAUUUUACCUUUAAAAAACUUGCCCAUAUUCAAGAGGUUGGUUUGUCAAAUUUAGUGCUUGAGUUUGAUUAGUUUCUGGUGAGUUCAGUAGCUACUACUUGAGUAAGAUGCUUUCUUUGUGGCCUUUGACAAGAGACAUGAGUGACCAAAUGGAAUUUCAGGGUAGUAAGAAUAGAAAAAACCUCUCUAUUGUAAGGGAAGAAACUUGACCUUUUUAAAAGAAACAGCUCUUAAAAUUGUUUCUGACCACAGAAGAGUACUAAGACAUAUGUUCCAAUUUCAGUUUGUCUUGAAAUUGGGUUAAACAGCUAAAGCAAUAUUUUAAAAAACAAAAAAUGAUUAAACUAGUCUAGAGCCUUUUAGGAUAAAACCUUAUUUAACACCUACUCUUGAUAGUAGUAUCAGAAAAUUGCCCUUGUCACCAUGAGUCCUGCCAGCCACUUCCCUAUAUCAAUUAGAAGAGGACCUGGAAUUAGUCCUGAGAAAAUGGAUUUUUGUCCUCCUGUUUUCUGGAGGAAAAGAGAGAAGUGUUCAGGAGAUUUAUAUUUGGUAAUUUUUUUCCUAUUUUAGUUUAUCUACAUUUUUGUUCAACUAAAAGUCUAGUUAUUUCUUCUUGAAGGCUUACAGUAUGUUUAUUAAGAGUCAAAAUGAGAUGGUCUUUUUUAAAAGAAGACAGGUUUUUCCUACUGUUAUAGUCAGCUCCAAAGAGCUUCGUCUCUCAGAAAGCAGUCUUUCUUUGCACUUUUACUAUUAAUUUGUUGAAUUAAUGACUUUAUAAAAAAUAUUUGCAAACGUUUUCUUGCCUUAAGAUGUAACAUUUUCUCCUUAAAUGGUUACCUAAGGAGUGAUUAUUUGCAUUACAAAAGAAUUCUUUAGUUUAUCAUUCCUUUAAACUCAUGAAAUAGGAAUGCCAAAGUAACAUUUACUAUACUUCUCUGUGACCGUUCAGAAUCAGAAAUUUUAAAUUAUGUUGAUAACAUAAUUUGCUUUUAUUAUAAUGUAAACACAUAUUAGGACAUUAUUUGGAAUAUACAUUUCAAAGGGUUAUGAGAGUUAGGCUGAAUCCAAAUCUUUCGUUUUCUUGCCUGGAUUCAUCAAAUUUAGAAUCUCUGUAUGUGAGACUUAAGAAUUUGUAUAAUCUGUGAUUAAUGGAAAUAAGGACAUCCUUUCUUUGUUCCUAACAAUUAUGUUAUUGUUUUGCUUCGUUGGAGAACAACCACGUAUUAGCUUUACUUGGCUGCUAACAGUAAAUGUGUCUAUUUCCUAAAUGUAAGGACUGCGCUUAUUAAUUUAUGGAAAAGUGAGACAAUACAGUAGCAGAAAAAAUAGCACCGGCUCUUUAGCCAAACUCAGCACUGUAACAGGGGUAUAUUUCUACUACUGCCAAAUAAAACAUUGAUGGUACAGCC